UCAUCAUAAGGUAGAUUUAAAAAAUGAGGUAAUUUUGGUGUUUUGCUCGAUUAUCGAGAGAAAUAUCUAAAUAACAUAUCUACCAGUGUUUCUUAUUUGUUCGAGGUUGAGUUCUGUGUUUGAACAGCUGCCAACUCUCAGGGAACUUUACCUUUCUCACUCUUAUUAUCUUCCCUCUCUCUCUCUCUCUCUUCCGCUUAUUUCGAUAUCGUUUUGGGUUUCUUUUGGCACUUCCGAUAAGAGAAAUCAAAAUAAACGCUGAUAAACACUCGGUUAUCCUACAAAUAUAUCCAGAAAACAUACAAAUAUAUUUAAAAUCUUUUCGUAAAAAAAAAUAUUUAUAAAUCGUUGUAUAAGCGAAGAAAUGAUUGCGAAAUUGAAUUGUUUACUUUGGAAUUUAAUUUCCAUUUAUCAGCCGCGUGUUAUUUUCAUGGGAUUUUAAAUUGAAAUUUGUUUAUUUAAUUACACAAAUAGCCUUUGAAUAGAUGACAUAAAUUUGGGAAAAUAACUUAGCCGGCGUGGAAAAGUCAAUCAGCCACAAAAUUCUCACAUUCUCGGCAGAAACAAUAACAAAAUGUCGGAGGAGAGUUCUCAGAGCGGAAGCGGAAGUGAGGGCGGCGAGGGACCGGAAGAGGAUGUGGAGCAGGCCAGGAUGAGGGACUCCUCGGAGGAUCUGAGAAGCAACGAGUGGCUGAGCCUGCACGACUUUCCAUCCGGCUCGGAGGACCACUUGCUAGCCAUUUUCUCGCGUUUCUGCUCGAUGUCAGCGUAUCGCAAAAGGAAAGGGGGCUUGGAGCUGCUAUUCGCAUCGUCGGAGCACCUGCAGCAUGGCAUCCUGAUGGCCAAGCGUCUGGUGGUCGGCAACCUGCAGAUCCGCUGGCACUUGGGUCGCCUGGAGGACGACCCAUCUGCCCAACCUCCGCCGGCAAAGGAAAGGAAUUCGGCCGGCGGCCUCAGUGUUUUUAGCAAAUUGCGAAGGGCAUUCGUCAACUACUUUCAGUAAUUACAUUUGAGUUUCUGUUCAGAUGAGUUCAUAUAUAUUUCUUUAAUGUCAAAUAAAAUGGCAAAAAAUAUUAGAUAAU